AUGUCUCAUCACCCCUCCUCCGCCGUGCACCUCAGUUUAGGCGCUGAUUGGCAACGCCUGCGCUGCAACGUCCUCCGUGAUUCGUCCAGCAUGUAUCCUCGCCUGCAGUCUCCGGCAGCAGGCAGGUUCCUAGACCAUGCCGACUUUUCCUGUGAUGGGCGAGCUCCGUCUCCGCUCGCUCAUCACAUCUGCCGCAAAGCUGGCGGGCACUGA